AGUGUUAAGACUGUUUGUAUAUUUAUUAUUUACUACUUUACUAGUUAGUUGUAGGUUGUGUUUGCACGAUCAAAUGACAAACAAUUAAAUUAUAAAUUAUCCGUAAUUUCAAUUUUAAUUAAUUGUUAUCGAAUCUCGUUAUGGUAAUUUGGUGAAUCCGCUGGACUACACUAUGCACAACAACAAGAUGAAUGAUAAAAUAUCGUUUUCGUUCAACUCCGGCGGACGGACGUCGUCAUCCCGGUCAGUGGCCAUACCUCCACCAUCAAACAGCGGACUUAGUAAGCAGGGCUACUCCACUUUGAACGCCAUAAACCAUUCUGCGAUCUCCUCGACUUGGGGCGUGCCGAAGAAACGAGCAAAAACCGAAGAAGAGUAUUUUGAAGACGAAGAUGAACAUCAACAACCUCAACUAGAGUACAUUCCUGCACCCGAUAGUCCGUCUAAUAAAAAAUCUGACUGCGAUUCGGAUUCCUCUGAAGAUCCAUUAGAUGCUUUCAUGGAAGGAUUAGAAAAAGAAGUAAAAAAAGCAAAAACUUCUGACAAAAAAGAAAAAAGAGAAGAUGAAAAAGGUAUUAGACAAGAUAUUGAAGAAGAGGAUAUAGAAGAAUCAUACUACAGAUAUAUGGAAGAAAAUCCAACAGCAGGUCUUGUUGAUGAAACUUCAGACAUUGAAAUUGAUUAUGAUGAAGAUGGUAAUCCUAUUGCACCGCCAAAGAAAAAAGAAAUAGACCCACUACCUCCCAUUGAUCAUUCUUCUAUCAAAUACCAAAGCUUUGAAAAAAACUUUUACUCUCCACACAGUGAAAUAUCAUCUUUAACUGUGGAUAAAGUUAUUCAACUACGUAAGACUCUUGGUCUCAGAGUAAAUGGUGCUGAUUUGCCUUAUCCAGUCACGUCAUUUGCUCAUUUUAAUUUUGAUGACACUUUAAUGAAAAUUAUUCGCAAGUCUGAUUACACACAACCCACACCAAUUCAAAGUCAAGCAGUUCCUGCUGCGCUUGCUGGGCGUGACAUCAUUGGCAUUGCCAAAACUGGAAGUGGUAAAACGUUAGCAUUCAUUUGGCCAAUGUUGAUACACAUAAUGGACCAACCAGAAUUGAAAGAAGGUGAUGGGCCAGUCGGUUUGAUAUUGGCACCUACCAGAGAAUUGUCUCAACAAAUCUAUGUAGAAGCAAAAAAGUUUGGAAAAAUCUAUAAUCUGAGAGUAGUAUGUUGUUAUGGUGGAGGUUCAAAGUGGGAACAAUCCAAGGCACUUGAAGGAGGUGCCGAAAUCAUAGUAGGUACUCCUGGGAGAGUAAUUGAUUUAGUUAAGAUGGGUGCAACCAACUUAACUAGAGUAACAUUCCUUGUACUAGAUGAAGCAGAUAGAAUGUUUAAUAUGGGUUUUGAACCUCAAGUGCGUUCCAUUUGUGACCAUGUGAGACCGGAUCGCCAAACAUUGCUGUUUUCUGCAACAUUUAAAAAGAAAAUAGAAAAGUUAGCACGCGAUAUUCUUACUGAUCCUAUAAGAAUUGUUCAAGGGGAUAUCGGCGAAGCAAACACUGAUGUAACACAAAUUAUGUUGGUGAUGCCACAGAGUGACAAGUGCCAAUGGCUGUUGAAUAAUAUUGUUCAAUUUACGUCAAAUGGAUCAAUUCUUGUAUUCGUUACUAAAAAAUUAGAUGCAGAACAACUAGCCAACACCCUGGCUUUAAAGGAGUAUGAAGUAUUACUGCUACACGGUGACAUGGACCAAGCUGAAAGGAACAAAGUAAUAACAAGGUUUAAAAAACAAGAAGUAAAUAUUAUGGUAGCCACUGAUGUUGCUGCUAGAGGUCUAGAUAUAGCUCAUAUCAGAACAGUUGUGAAUUACGACAUAGCUCGAGAUAUUGACACACAUACACAUCGUAUUGGAAGAACUGGUCGAGCGGGAGAAAAAGGUACUGCAUUUACUCUAGUCACGCCAAAAGAUUUUGAAUUUGCCGGUCACUUGGUACGAAAUCUUGAAGGUGUGGGACAGGAAGUUCCCAAACCACUUAUGGAUCUUGCCAUGCAGAGCUCUUGGUUUAGAAAAAGUCGUUUCAAAGGCGGAAAGGGUAAAUCAGUAAAUGCCGGGGGCGCUGGACUAGGAUAUCGGGAACCAUCGGGUUCAAAUAAUUUUUCCGCAACAAGUUCGUAUCAAUGCCCAAAACCUGCAGCUGCAGUACCACCAGCACCAAAAAGUGGUCCUGGAUCAGGACGAUUGUUAGCACUGAAAGAAGCAUUUAAAAUGCAAUACCAAAAUCAAUUUAAAGCUAGUGAAGAUCACACUUGGGAACAAACAGUUGGAUCGAGUUCAUCGGUAAAAGUGCACACCGGUCCAUUAAAAGAACGAAAAGCAAAAAAAAACCGGUGGGACAAUUGAAAAG